AUGGCGACUUCUAAAGUUUCUUUGAAGUUCCUUCAAGAACUGAUUAAGCACACUGAUCCUGAUGUUACUUUAAUGGAUUACCAGGAAUCUCCUGGUUCAGUACGAGGCGACAACUACACCGCCAUGCUAUACCGCGUCCGCUUAGAAGGCACUCGAGUUUUACCAGGACUUCAGAAUGUCCCUUGGAGAAGGUACAUCAUUUACAAAUGUCUACCAGACAGCGCGGCCAGGAGAGACGCCUUCAGGAGCGUUGAACUCUUCUUCAACGAAGUUGCAUUUUAUAACCGUAUUCUACCAGCUAUGAUGAGAUUUCAGGAAAAGUUUCUGAUCGAUGAUGGAAGACGUUUCACUUCGGUUCCCAAGUGCUACUUGGCUAGAAACGAUAUUGUUGUUUUAGAAGAUCUAAAACAUCGUGGAUUCAAAAUGGUAGAUCGCAAAUUAGGAUUAACAGUAGUUCAAUGUUCAGCAAUUUUAAAAGAACUGGCACGAUAUCACGCUUUAUCAUUGGCAAUGAAGCAUCAUUUUCCCGAAGAGGUCGAUCAGUUACGUCAAACAAUUGCGGAAGGAAUGUUUGCCAAUGAAAAUAAAGAAUGGUAUAGCGGAUAUUAUGAAGCAGCCACCAAAAACGCAGUAGCCAUGGUCCGAGAAGCUUUAUCGAGUAAAGAUUCUUGCUCUAAAUACCUGGACAGAUUUAGAGCUUUCGUUGAGACUUCUGAUGAAUCUUCAUUUUUCGAUCGGAUGGUAGAUCUAGUUGCACCUCGUGAACCUCUAGCAGUCUUUUGUCAUGGUGAUUGCUGGACCAACAACAUCAUGUUUAAGUGUUCGGAUGCUGGAAAUAUUCUGGAGAUAUGUCUACUCGAUUUUCAAAUGGUACGCUACGGAUCUCUGGCUUUGGAUUUAGCAAAUUUACUCUACAUCUGCACAUCAAGUACACUACGGUCUAAGCAUCUACAGAAUCUUUUGAGAGAAUAUCACAAUGAAUUGUUCAGUACUUUGUCAGAAAUGGGACCAUUGAGCGAUUUAUUGCAGGAUAGUGAUGCUCUUUGGAAUGCCUUACAAGAAGAAUUUCACCGUUGUGGUCUUUUCGGUCUUGGCCUGGCUUUGGACAUGCUCCCAAUAAUGACUUGUGACAGUGAUGAUGCUCCAGAUCUCUAUAUCUCAGAUGAAGAAGCCCAAUAUGAUCCCAUCGUACCUGUCAGUGCUAAUUCACAUUGCAGAGAAAAAAUGGCUGAACUUGUAGUUGAACUUGUUUACCCAAUGAUUAAACAAGUGGAAGACUUAGAAGAAAGUGCUAAACAAAUGCGUGAUGUGAAUGUGUGGGCCAAAAGGCCAUUGCCAAAACUCAAAGACCUCUCGAGGUUUGGUAUCCCACGUGUGAACCAAGCCUUAACUUAG